AUGCGUCUUCUGGCUAAUCUAUCUUCCUACGUCUUAGUAAUUUCAAACGGCAUGUUAUCCUUCAACAAACAAAUCAUGGAAAAUGACCCUAACUGUGAAUGGGUGUCAUUCAACUCUAUAGGAAUUGUUCAGCGCAAUCUAAAACGUUCACUUUCCCACAUUAUUUCGGAAGAUCUGCUCCAAAGGGAACUUCAAAAAGGAUCUGAAGCUCUGGAUGUUGAAGUUCAGCAUGCAUCAGAAGAAAUUUUGAAAUUCAAGCAGCUCAUUGUUUCAGAUUUCGAUUUACGAAAUAAUAUGAACGAUACCCAAUUGUUUUCUCUUUGUUCUGAUAAAACCAUUGGACUCCCGGACGAACUAAUUGCUUAUCAAUUGGAGUUAACAAAAAAAGUAUCCACUUUGAAACAGCAAAUUAAAACCUACUUAGACAGACACAAGCCGUCUUUACUGCAGUUUAACAAUAUACUGGAUAGUUUAAAUGAUCAUAAACCGUUUACUCUAAAUGGUUCCAAGAUGAGAUUUCUACAGUCAGGAAACAUAUUGUCAUCAUAUUUAAAUGACGAUACCAAGGAAGAACCAAAACAAAUAGAUGGCAAAUUAAAUUUUCAUUCAUUUCUGCGCCAUUCAAUGAUGCUUUUACAAAUGGCUUUCAAAUCUUACAAUCCUUGUUUUACAAAUGAUAAAUUUCAAGAAUUAUCUUCUUCACAGUAUAGUUCAUUCAAUCAAAAUAGUUCAUCAGAUUGUCUUACUGUAUUUAAACAAGCUGUUGGUCAGUUUUACUCUCAAACAUCUAUCGAUUCUAAUUUUUCAACACAUUCUGAGAAGGAACUCUGUCAGUUAAUGAAAGAAAUGCGUAAUACUAUUGAUAAAUUACAAUUGGAACUAAAAGAUGAGUGGCUUCGGGAAUCACAACUGAACAUAAAAUUUCCAGAACUUUCAGCGACCUAUUCGACCAUAUCUCAACCUUGCAUUUCUUACGAAACAGGUGAUAAGUAUAAUGUAAAUAACAAGUCUAAUAACACUUUUGAUAUAUCAGCGGAGAAUACCCUAAAUAAGACAGAUGAAGCGUUACCUAUACAUGAAUCUUCUCACCAGUUGUUUAAAAAGUCACCAGCAAGGAGUAAUUUACAGUUCAACUUUCCUGAUGAAUCCACCUACAAGCAUUUAACAUCAUCACUUAAAUGUAGUCCAGUUAACGAUCCUAGAAUGAACUUCCUGGAUCUAAAGAAAGGAAACUAUUUGAAAGUUGAUCAUACAAUUUCUAAUUCGUUAUCUCCACCCCGCACGCGAGAAAUUGAAAAUACUUUGCAAAAUCUAAGUAUAAACUCACCAGAAAAUGUUCUUACCGAUGAAAUGUAUACGGAAAUUAUGUCCAGUACAACUGAUAUGUUAAAAAUGAAGGGACUUGAUUAUUGUGAAGAUAUUUUGAAAACCCAGUUUCCUGUCACAUCAUUAGUUCUGCAUAAACCACCUUCAAUAAAAUAUUCUUUAAAAGGUCUAUCCAAUAUACCAGUAUCUAUACCACCUACUUUUCUGUCAUUCUCUUCUACCAUGGAAUUAAAAGAAUCUCACUUGUGUACUCCAACAAAUAGCAGCUUCAAUCUAAUUGAUGAUAAUCUGGAAUUUGUCAAUGAUCUGCUUCCAUCGUCUCCAAACUGA